AUGAGUGCGUUUUCUGCAAACUCACCCACACCAGGUGGUGUGGACAGUCCAAUAUCCGGAGCUGGGGCGCCUGGUGAUGAGUUUCGUAACGGGGAAGAGGAGGCAAGUAACGGUAACAUGUUCAUGAAUUUGCUGCCGAUUCCAAUCAAGGUAUCUCGGGACCAGUCGAGCGGCAUGACUACAGCAGCUACCACAAAAUCGUUGCAGUAUUCAUUGGGUAACCUGGCCGUUUUCCAGAAUUUGCCUCGAGAGACGAGCCGUGGUGUGGACGACUUGACCAGAAUGAAGAUGGCGAUCAUGAGUGGGAUUCCGGAAGAAGUGAAAUGGGCUCUGAAGAAAUACCUGGCUUACAGUAAUAAGGCACCCUACAUGAUUAGUCUUAAGGAUCUGCCAGAACUUCUGCCACUUUUCAAGAAAUUCAUUCGCGACCUGGAGCCCCUGAUAGAGCGUUUUGAUGAGCCUCUGAUGGGUGAUAGCGAAGCGCUAGACUACCUCCAGACUGGUCUGAACAGCAUACUUAUCUUGAGGAACCUGGCUCAGGACUCGGAAUCGGUGCAAGUGCUCGUUUCUGAUAAGUACAUCAAAGAACUAGUAUUGCAUGUGCUUCAAAAGUUUGAAUUAGUUGCCACUGCGGAUCCCAAUUGGCAGGUUUUCGAAUCUAACGCUUCUUUUUUCAACGAAUUAACGCAUUACGUUCUGGACAUCAUGGAGGCUAUCUCCUCUUAUAUUGCACCUGCUAAGAAGGAUGACAUGUAUUUCCAGACCUUAUUGUCCCUGUUCAACUAUACUAAGGAUCGCUACAUGGUGAUAUCAAUACUGAGGUCGCUGUCGCGACUGCUAGUCAGGUCUGCAGCCGACGAAGAAAGUGCAGCGGAUAAUCUCGAUCAACAGACUUUAUCCAAAAUUGUUUCCUUUUUGAUCAUUGAGUGCGACUCAGAGCUGAUGACUGCAGCUCUGGACUUUCUCUACCAAUACAUCCUGCCUGGCUCUCAAAGAAUUGCUUUACUCCUUGGUGAUUCACACAGAUUCUCUAUUUUGACGGCGAUUCUACCGAAGUUGCUCACAUACAAUAUUAAUAAGCCAGAUUAUUCUAUUCUCGAUAAAACGCCAAUCAAAUUAAUAAAAAGAUUGAGACCACCAGCGCCUACUGUAGCGCCCGAUCUCGAUAAGGAGCUUUUUGAACAAAUCCUGGCAAUGAACGAACCAAUGAGGUCCACGACAUGGUUAAAAUGCUGUUUUGAGCCUGUCGUUGACGCAGAGUUCACUCAAAUUAAUCUGUGGCGUGCAUACGAAUCAAAGUUUGCUCAGCCCGUUCGCGAAUCUGGCAGGAAACUGUUGCCAGCAGUUGAAUUUAUUAAAAAUGUCUCUAACGCGUUCAGCGAAGCAUCUGCAAUGGUCAUCACAGACUCCUCCACGGGAAAGAAACGUUUUGUUAUGAAAGGCAUUCAACCAAGACCAAAACCUUUGAGAAUCCCUGAAGCAGAAGUAGCAGCAAAACAUCCUCUUCCACCGCUGCAGUCAAAGUUCUUGAACAACGCAACUAACAUCGUACCUGCUAGGCAAGAACAGCUCCCGGAGGUACGAUUUCCAGCAAAGCUGUCCGAAGUUUCCAAGGCCGCUACCACGUUUUUAUGCCUCUUAUCUAAUGAACCCGAGGGCCCCGGGUCAGAGUUCUGCAAAGUCAUCAAGCCAGUGGUCUUGCACAAACUCGCCGAUGUUCCACCUUUAAGUUGCGCUCUUUCAGAGUACAUGGACAACACACCAGGCCUUUGA